GCUUGCCAGUUGGUCCAGGGGCUCGUGAGUGUAGCUCUCUCCGUCCUGCCGCAUAUAAAGGCGGUCAACGGUCGGAGACCUCCGCGUUAAGGCAACUCCAAAGGAGACCGUCAGGUUAUUUUAUUCCCGCUGACAUUUCAGUUCCCGCUUCCUUCUCACCACCCGCCUCCGUGUCCCGUCACAGACUGGCGAGAAAAGAGGGGGGUCCAUCACGGAGUGACCAGCAUGGACCCCCAAGCGAAGAGCCGCACUGGUCCGGCGGCGAUGGCGGCGGGAGGGAGCUUCGGCGGUCGCCCGGCCUCUCUCGGAGCCGACGGGGGUGACUCAGAGUCCGGAGCGGGAUCCGAGGAGGCUGCCAUGGGCUGCAGCGACACAUUCAGCAGUCUGCCGGACAUGGAACAGGAGUCUCUGGAGGAGAAAUUACGCGGACUGGCGUUCAGAAAGCAGACCUCGUAUCGGAAAGCCAUCUCCAGAUCAGGUCUCCAUUACCUCGGCCCGCCUCAGCCUUCGCUCCCUCCAGCAUCCAACGGACCAAACAAGGAUCUACGAACCUGCGUGGACUGGACGGAAAACGCAGGGAACGGAGAUCACUUGUGGAUGGAGACGAGUUGCUCAGGAGAGCUGUGUUACCUCGGGGAGGAUGCGUGUCUCCUGAAGACUGCGAAGUCGGCCCCCAGGAGGAAAUGCGCCGCCUGCAAAAUCGUAGUCCACACCGGCUGCAUAGAGCAGCUAGAAAAGAUUAACUUCAGAUGCAAGCCGACCUUCAGGGAGGGGGGGUCCCGAUGCCUCAGAGACAACGUACUGAGACACCACUGGGUCCACAGGCGGCGGCAGGAGGGGAAAUGUAAACAGUGUGGGAAGAGUUUUCAGCAGAAGUUCUUCCACAGCAAAGAAAUAAUCGCCAUCAGUUGUUCUUGGUGUAAACAGGCGUUCCACAACAAGGUGACGUGCUUCAUGCUGCACCAGAUCGAGGAGCCGUGUUCGCUGGGGGCCCACGCCGGAGUCAUCGUCCCUCCCUCCUGGAUCAUCAAAGUCAGGAAGCCACAGAGCUCGCUGAAGAACUCAGCCAGGAGGAAAAAACGGACGUCUUUCAAACGAAGGGCGAGCAAGAAAGGACUGGAUGACUCUAAAUGGCGUCCGUUCAUAUUGAAACCGCUUCCUUCUCCUCUCAUGAAACCCGUCUUGGUUUUUGUCAAUCCCAAGAGCGGAGGCAACCAGGGUGCCAAGCUGUUGCACAUGUUCAUGUGGAUCUUAAACCCCAGACAAGUGUUCGACUUGUCACAAGGUGGACUAAGAGAAGCGUUGGAAUUGUAUCGCAAAGUGCCAAACCUGCGGAUCCUGGCCUGCGGUGGAGACGGCACAGUGGGGUGGAUCCUCUCCGCUCUCGAUGAGCUGCAGAUGAAUCCCCAGCCUCCGGUCGCUGUACUUCCUCUGGGAACAGGAAAUGACCUCGCCAGGACGCUCAACUGGGGCGGGGGUUACACAGACGAGCCCGUGUCAAAGGUUUUGUGUCACGUUGAGGACGGUUCGGUGGUGCAGCUCGACAGGUGGAACCUGCUGGUGGAGAAAACUGCGGUCCAGCCAGAAGAAGGCACUCAGAAGCUUCCUCUGAAUGUUUUCAACAACUACUUCAGCCUCGGCUUCGAUGCUCAUGUCACGCUGGAGUUCCACGAGUCCAGAGAGGCCAACCCGGAGAAAUUUAACAGUCGCUUCCGCAACAAGAUGUUCUAUGCUGGCGCUGCAUUCUCAGAUUUCCUCCAGAGAAGCUCCAGGGACUUGUCGAAGCACGUCAGAGUGGUGUGCGAUGGAACGGAUCUAACGCCCAAAAUCCAGGAGCUCAAGUUUCAGUGCAUCGUGUUUUUAAACAUUCCCAGGUACUGCGCUGGCACCAUGCCGUGGGGAAACACCGGAGACCACCGAGACUUUGAACCGCAGCGCCACGACGACGGCUGCAUCGAGGUCAUCGGCUUUACCAUGGCCUCUCUGGCGGCGCUACAGGUCGGCGGUCACGGUGAGAGGCUUCACCAGUGCAGAGAAGUCGUUCUCACCACUUACAAGACUGUACCUGUUCAGGUGGACGGCGAGCCGUGCCGACUGGCUCCUUCCACUCUGCGCAUCUCCCUGCGAAAUCAGGCCAACAUGGUCCAGAAGAGCAAGAGACGCACGUCGGUGCCGCUGCUCAACGAUAUUCAGAAGGUGUGUGCAGCUGAUCUGCGCCGCCUCUCUGCUCCCCCCGACUCCUUCUCUGUCCCUCAUGCGGUUCCGGACCGUCUGCGGCUGCGUGUGAACCGGAUCAGCCUGCAGGAGUACGACAGGCUGCAGUACGACAAGGAACGACUGCGAGACAUCUCAAUCCCAGUAGGCAUUGUGGUUGUGAGGGGCGACUGUGACCUGGAGACCUGCAGACUUUACAUCGACAGAUUACAAGAGGAUUUACACCAGGCGCCAUCUACUGGCCACAGAGUGCACUACCAGGAUGAAAUCAGAGGCGUCCCCAUAACCAGUUCAACCAGUAGGCUGUCUCCUAACUGGAGCUUCCUGGACUCGACAUCAGCUGAUCGUUUCUAUCGCAUUGACAAAGCUCAGGAGCAUCUUCACUUCGUGACAGAAAUAUGUCAGGACGAGGUUUUCAUCCUGGACCAUGAGGGACCAGUGGGGAGCCAGGCGUCGUCGGCUGGGAUGCCAGAUCUGGUGGUUGAACCUGCUGCAGGGGCUCCUCUGACACCUGAUGAACAAGCUCUUCUAACUGCUGCCAGUACUGGAAAUCUUCUACUGCUGACGGAUAGUGUACGUCGAGGAGUCAGCUUGUUGGUGAGAGACUCUGGCGGUUGUUCUGCUUUACAUCUAGCUGCCCAGAACGGACACACAGAUCUGGUCAGCUUCAUCCUGCAGCAAGGUUCAAAAGUUCUCCUGGAUUUAACCGACAGAGACAAGGGGGAGACCGCCUUGCACAAAGCCGCCUCAGAGAAGCAGCAUGCGGUGUGUCGGAUGUUGGUGGAGGCCGGCGCUUCGCUGGGGAAGACAAACUUCCAGGGGAAGACGGCGGUGGACCAAGCAGCAGGAGACUCUGAGCUCGCCGUCUUCCUGAGCUCCCAGCAGCAGACGUCAUCCGGCACCAACGAAGACCUGGAGACGGCCGUCUGAGGCGCUGACGCUCCGUCGCUCUCUCCCGCCGGACUCUGGACUCUGCACCGGCCCGGAGCAGAGAGGAACCGGGAGGGAAGUGUCACACCUGUGCCAGAUUUCACUCCGCAGGUGCAGAGGAGAACCAGGAAACGAACUGCCUCCGAACGCGGCAGCGUUGCAGCAGAGAUUUUAACGCUCGACUAUUUAUUUAUAUUUAUUUAUUCUAUUUAUUGGUUGUGCUGGUUGAUUAACUUUUAACAAUUGCAAGUGCAAUUCGUCUUGUAAUGGAGUUGUUUUGGUCAUAUUUUGCAACUAUAUUAAGUCUGGAAAAUGAUCAGGAUUGCGAUCAAAGCAGAAUAUUUAUCCCAUAAACCUGUGUGCCAAAGACAUUACACUGUUGUGGUGUCAUAUCUAAUCCAAAUAACCACCGUUUCAUGAAUCCAGGUUGGAUUUCCAGGUGAACUCAAACCUGUCUGUCACAUGCUGCUGUUUUCGCCCGAUGAGUCAUAGCUCAUUAUGACUCGAGUACAGAAACCAAACUGCAGCGCUCUAUUUCUCCCAAACAAAGAUCUUCUAGGAAACAACGGACAGUGUUAUCAGAGAAGGUUUUUAAAAAAUGUUUUAAACAAAAGCGUGCUGUAGGAUUUACCUUUCUCCUUUACAUACGAGUCAAAACAGCCAAAGUGGAGGUCACAUGUUUGAUGUGAAACAAUUACCACAAAUCUUCUCUGAAGCAAAACAACAAACUAAAAAAACUGAAUGUAGCUCAUCUGUACAUUAGGUUUCAUUUUGCGUUGGUCGUCCUGUUCGUGCCGUCCAUCCGGUCUGGAGUCAAACCAACAUCAUCAACACGACUGAACUUGUUUGUUUUACGAACACAUUGACCUUUCACCCAGUUGUGCACAUGCAGACAUUAAUAAGCUGAUCUCGUCUGUGACGUUAUAAACAGAAAUCAUCCACAUGUACAGACACCCCUGGUAAAAUGCUGAGAAGACCUUUAGAAAAAUUUAUCUUUUAUUGCAGCAGCUUCAUUUUGCUCUGUAAGAAAGCUGAAAUUCACAAAUUUAUUCAUUUUUCAUUAGGUCUGCAGACAUAUAAAAGCUGAUUUUUGUCCAUUUUAGUGUUUAUUUGGCAAUAAGUUUGGAUCAUUAUGCUACUAAGACACCCAGAAAUAAACCAUUUUCAGUUUUCUGGCUGACUUUUAUUUAAAAAUUACCUCAUGUUUAAAUAAUUUGUGUUUCUUGAGGCUUUAAGGUGAGAAACUGUACACAUUAGGUGUUUUUUUUCCACAUAUUGAACAUUUAUUUUAUAUUUCAGGUAAAAUCCUGAUAGAGUUUAGCAGACUGUAUAUGUCUCUUUUUGUGAUUAUGAUUUCCAAACCAGUGGAAAUCACUCCCUGCAUGGAGUCGAGAUAAAUGUUUUGUUUGUUGAGGUCAGGCUGCUCUGUGCUUCUGACGCAUGACUUACUGUAGAUUUGGACCAAGUUAAAAGCAUAAUUGUGUUUUUAUAACCAUGUCCUGACUUACAAAGAGCCUCGUCUGAAUCUCUGAUUUAUUAAACCUUAGAGAAACUGCAAGUCAGGGAUUAAUAAACACAAGCUUUUAUGCAUCCUAGAUGUAUACUACUCCUACUGCAAUAAAAGAUAAACGUUAUUAAAGGUUAUUUUUAGACUUUUGUACUGCGGGUGUCUGUAGGUGUUGAUUACAGCUUGAACUUUUGGACCACUAAUGCAAAAUUAAUCCGUUUUUUGCCUGAAAUGUAAAUAUUCUAAAGUGUUGCUUGUUUUUUAACACAUUUUUUAAAACCUGAAAUAUAUUAGCUGUUCUGUUUCAACAAAACCCAUUCCUUAGGGUCAAAUUCACUAUUUUCUUAGCAAAUCGUCAUUGAUUUAUUUACCUGUCAGGGUAGAAAGGUGAGGAUAUGGCAGGCUGUUUUCACAUAAAAUCAGUUUCAAUACACUUAUAUUUCAAAUAUCUGAAGUUGGUUUAGGAUUAGAUGUAUUAGUAAAUACAUUCUGGCUAGUGUAAAUUGUGUUAUUGAUUUGUAAGGAAGCUUUAAACCAACAAAUGCAAUUAAUUACAAUAAUUAUAACAACUUUCAGGUAUGAACGAUUAAAUUAUGACUAGUCAUAAAAUAAUUUAAGAUGUCUCACUUUUUAUUCUGACUAGUCAUAACUCUAAAGAUAUCUAAUAACACAAAUAUUAAAAAUAUCAUAAAUGUAUUUUUAGAUGGGAGAUAUUGCAAAUGAAACUGAAAGCAAAUAAUGUUUCUCAAUGUCCCAGAAAAAACAAGGAAAUUUAUGAGCUCCAAAAGUUGGAAAAGUAGCUAGAAAAAAACUGAAAUGUUUAGAUCAACCUCAGAAAGUUUCAAGAAAUUUAAAUAUUAAUGUUCAGACAUUUUAUACUUUUACAUCUCAGAUGUUUCCAAGAUUAUUACAAAAAAUCUGAAAUUAAUCUCAAAACUUCUGAGUUUUUUCUGGCAAAUUUUUAACUUUUCAAGCUCAGAAAUUUCUGUAUUUUUCCUAGAAAGCUUCCGAGAUUAAUCCGGAAAUUUACGCUUCUUGUUUUACAGUGUAGCACAAGGGGGCAAUUCUUAAUUCAGAUAUCUAAACAUUUUAUUUUUAAUUAUGUUCAAGAUGCAGUAUCUUGAAUUGUAAUUACAAAUAAAUGACAAACCCAGUGACGUAACUUGAGGUAUUUUGAAAGGAAUUGAAAAAUAUAAUUGAAUAUAUCUUGAAUUAUUAUAGUCAGAAUUUCAGUUUAGUCAAAAUGCAUUUUUAGGUACCUGGAUUCUAAUUACGGAUAGUCAGACGAAACUGAUUUUAUGCUAAAACUGCCUGCCAUACUUUAAGACACCUGGCUUAAAGGAGGAAAUGACCUGAGCUGCUGAUGUAUUUCUGUUGAUCAGCGAUAAAAACAAGGAAAUAUGAGUCUGGGAUCUCCCAGCAGCUUUAUUACUUUGAAUCAAACCGAAACCUGUUGUGAUUUUUUAUUGGCUCGUCCUGAAUCAUAAGGCGUUUCCAUAGAAACGUGUAGCAGGAAGAUGUGACUCACAACAUAUCCAACAAAAUAAAAAAAGUGUACAGAUUAAUUUAUCCUUCACCACAAGCAAAGUGCGUUUGCAGUAUUCGUCAAAAAAAAAAAAA